AUGCAGCUCAUCAAGCUCAUCUCAGUCGCCUUUGCGCUGUCGUCGCCCGCCACAGCCAUGGUAUUCAAGCGCUCCUGCGGGUCUGGCAAAUCCCAGUGGUGCGGCAGCAGCACAUAUAAUGGAACUGUUGCGCUGUCGUCGCAUGCCACGGCCAUGUCCUACAAGCGCUCAUGCGAGUCCGGCAAGUACCAGUGCGGCAGCACUACUAAUGGGACUGCCACUGUCCAGGUCUGCAGCGGUGGGCUUUGGCUUCAUGCUGCGACUUGUGCCGAUGGCUGGAAGUGCGUCAGCAACGAGGCUGGUGGAUGCACUUGUCAGACGUAG